GUCCGACGGCAACCAAGCACCGGAGCUAAACUCAACGUACGGUAAUGUAAUUUAGCCGAACCAUACCGAUUUUGCAAUUGACGGUAAUUAGGCAGUAAUUACCACAGCAUGAAACGUUGCAGGAAAUAAAGUUGAAGUAAAUUUCUCUUGCUGCAAUCGAUUUUGAAAACUGUGAGUCAUGUCGGAGAUAAAAUUCGAUACGCCCGCCGAGGAUGAUAUGGCCACCAGAGUGUUCUGGGAAAUUCUUUCGCCGCUCGGGUACAUUCCCCUGCCAGUGAAAGAAGCACUGAAGUCGACGGGAUUUGAUAAUCUGCUCUCACUGUCGGCUAUGCGAGAAACGGACCUUGCCGAUAUUGCAACACAAUAUAAACUUCCGAUGGGUCAUCGCCGGUUGAUAAAGGUGCUUUCAGAGCGUGUCAAUCAAAUCGGAAUAGAUGACCUGACGGCGAAACUACUGCGAAAGCUGGAUCGCCAAGUUACAACCGUAGUAAAAGUUUCCAAACCAACUCCUCCCAAUCCAACCAGCAGUGAUUCCCGGGGAGAUGAAACACCACCAUCGCGAUCGGUUCCGUCGGGCGAAGCCCUGGUGGAGAUCUAUCGAACCAAGCUGCAGCAAAAUAUUCUUUCCUGGCUCACUACGCACGGUGAGAUUGGCUCGAAGGAAAUCGAGCUGCAGGACAUCAACAUCAACGUGUCGAUGCAGGACGGCAAACUGCAGGGUUCGGUUAUAUGUCCUUUUUGUCGAAUGGAAAUCAAAAUAUACAUCCGAGCUCCGGACGCAGACAGUAGCGGAGCGAUUGCCAACUCCAACUACAUCAAACACUACAACCGAAUGCACCGAAAGGUGCCAUUACCUCCGAAGUCGCCGGCUGCCAGCGGUUGGCCAUCCCCGUUCGGUCACGGCACACCUCCGCCGGGGACGAUGAUAGCACUCGAGCAGCACCAGCAAGCACUGGUGCAGUUACAUGCCGAACAGCAGGCAGCAGCUUACGCUGCAGCUACGGCCGCCGUCAAUGCUAGUGCCGGCGGUGGCGGCGGCGGCGGCGGCGGAGGAGGCGGUGCAAGUACUAGCGGCAAUAGUUCCACCGGGCAGCUACCGAAUCCGGCCGCUAUGUACGAGCUGUUGUUUAAGCAAGAAUCCAACAGCUGGGAUGAAUAGUAGUAACCUGACAGUAGUAACGGGCGGUUCGUACUGGGCUGGGCUGGUGACACGUGACAGCUUAAUAUCCUAACUCUAGACGGGAGUCGAUAUCCUCGCUAAGGUUUUUACACAGACAGAGUAAUACGUAUUAGAUUUGUAACUUCUAUACUGAAAGUAUAUAGUGGUAUGUUUACUUAUAAUUAUUCGUGGAAUUAGUGGACAAUAUUGAUUGUUUAUAGUACGCGCAAAUACAGUAGA